AUGGUCUGGGGAACCUGUUUGGAGUUCCUGCUGCUUGUGGCUGUGGGACUCUGCCUGGGCCAGAGACCCAGAGCCUGGGGCUUGCAGCAUAGGCACAAAUGUGGCACCUACAGCAUGCAGCUGCUGGUCUUCCCCAGGCCUGGUCGAAUGAUCCGCUUCAAGGUGGUGGAUGAGUUUGGGACCCACUUUGAAGUGACCAACUGCUCCAUCUGUCUCCACUGGAUCACCUCCGAGCCCCAGGGCCCCGCCAUCUUCUCGGCAGAUUAUCAUGGAUGUCAUGUGAUGACAACGAAGGAUGGGAAAUACUACUUGCGAAUAUUUGUAGAAGAGAUAUUGGGCACGGAAGUGGAUGAAUUUCAAGAAGUGACUUUGAUCUGCCCCAAACCUGAGCAUCCCAAGAUCCCAGGCCCUCCUCUUCCUUGGCCCGUCUCACAGCACCCUUCUCCCUCCCCCGCCCAGCUCCAUCCUCGUCCUCCUCACCUGUACCCUUUACACCCCGACUUGAGACUAGCGUCUCUGCCACCUGUGGCUGAUCACUACCAUCGACCUGCCCAUCUCCGCCCCACCUGGUCUUCUCCCUCCUCCCUCCCAGUCACUGGAGCACAUCGGAGCUUGCCACCUCUCACAGGUAACCCCCUGAGCCCGGAACGAUGCUGGGUCAUCUCCGGCCGCAUCCCCUGUGCAGGAGCCACCGUCCAGUGUUUCGGAGAUGGCCAGUUUGUCCUCGUGGUCUCCCGCAAUACCACCUCUGAAAAGCAGGUCAGUCUGGAGAGCCUCAAGCUAGCCUAUGCCUCGGGCGGCUGCGCCCCAACCCAGAGGACAGAAAACUUUGUGAUCUUCCGCUUUCUAGCCACGCAGUGUGGCACCACCAUGCAGCUGGUCAACAACCAGCUCAUCUAUGAGAACCAGCUGGUAGCGGACGUUGACAUCCAGACGGGCCCGGAAGGCGCUAUCACUCGGGACGGUACCUUCCUCCUCCAAGCUCGCUGCAUCUACAAUGCCAGCGACUUCUUGCCCCUCCAGAUAGAAGUCUUCCUACCACCAUCGCCUGCUCCCGUGCUCAGGUCUGGCCCCUUGCAUCUUGAGCUUCGAAUUGCUAAGGAUCAGAAAUACAACUCCUACUACCAUGUGGAAGACUUCCCCAUUUUCAAGAUGCUCCGGGAACCCAUGUAUGUAGAAGUUCGACUCCUCCGGAGGACAGACCCCAACCUGGUGCUGGUUCUGCAUCACUGCUGGGCUGCCCCCAGCACCAAUCCCUUCAAGGAACCUCAGUGGCCUCUUCUGUUGGAUGGAUGCCCAUUUGCUGGAGAUGGCUACAAGACCCAGUUAGCCCCCAAGAAGGAUACAUCAGAGCCCCCUUUCCCAACUCAUUAUCAGCGUUUCCUUGUAGCCACCUUCACCUUUGUGGACUCAGUCUCCCAGAGGGCUCUCAGUGGACCGGUUUACUUCUUCUGUAGCGCCUCUACCUGCUAUCCCUCUGAGACAGAGACUUGCAGGGCUGCAUGUCACUCGGGUGCUACAAAGCGGCGGCGCUUCGUAGAUGACCACAAUUAUAUGGAGGGAGCCCAAGACAUUGUGAGUUCUCCAGGACCAGUGGGAUUUGGGGUUCCUAGAGAACGGGAGAUGAACUUGCAGAACAAAGAGCCUGACUGGAAGGAAGGACCUGUCGUCGCACAGCCCAACAUCUCGGAGCCCCUCCUCCCCAAAAGAUCCUCCUGGAACCUGACCCUGAAACCUUUGCUGUGGGUUACCCUCUCCCUGGUGGUCAUCACCAUCUUCCUGGUGGUGGCAGCUCUCCUUGGAAGGAGCCAGAAGCUGCAGGAGUGGAGCAGGGAAUAG